AUGGAUCCGAUUAACAGCCAGCAUGUUCAACUUGAAAACAAACGAACAGUUAAAAAAGAACCAACGCAAGAAAAGCCAGCAGUAAAAAAACCAACAAAAAAGCCAGUAGUAAAGAAAAGGCCAACACCAAAGAAAAGGCCAACACUAAAGAAAAGGCCAACACCAAAGAAAAGGCCAACACCAAAGAAAAGGCCAACACCAAAGAAAAAACUAGCACCAAAGAAAAAACCAGCACCAAAGAAAAAUCCUCCUGUUGUAAAAGCACCAGAAGGAAAGAAAACGACAUCGCUACAACCAGUAGCUCCUGCCACUCCUGCCAUUCCUGCCACUCCUGUCAUUACUACUACUUCUGAUACUCCUUCCACUCCUGUCAUUCCUGCUACUUUUGACACUCCUGAUCCAACUACAUCGAUACCGACAUCAUCUACCCAUUUACAACAAAAAGCUCAAACUAAAACUUCUGAUUCCAACGUUUCCGUAAAAACUCCCAAUACAUCUUUAGAAAAUAAAUCAUUAUCUGAUUCUGAAAACAAUCGGGUUGUUACUAGUAAUAUUAGUGCUACCGGUUGGGCCGGCAUUGUUAUGGGAGGUUUGGUUGUCGCAGGUUUAAUAGGAUUUUUUAUUAGACGCAAGUUUACUUCUAAACGUUCCAAUGGAGCUUCUGAAAGAUCUAUUGGUAAUGGUGACGAUGAUGACAAGUUCAAAGAUUUCACUUUGGUUGUGCCCCCUUCUCAAUUACCACCAUCAUCAUCAAAUGGACCUUCUCAAACAUUCCAAGGACAUGUGGUUAUUGAUCAUGAAGAAAUAGAAAAAAUGACAAGUGGCAUGGACAUUGGUGAUAAUAUUGGUUUUUCACCACUCAUUGGUCACGGUGGAGAGCUAACAUCAACAUCAAACUAUAUUGAAUCACCAAUAAUAAAGCCAUCACAAGCUUUAUCUCCUCCUAGUCCUAUAUUUAAUAUGAGCGAUAUUAUUCUUCAAAUUGAAAAAAUAGAAAUCCCCGACACCACAGACAAAUCAUUGCCUCCACCUCCUGCAAUUUCUCCUAGAAUUUCAAUAGAAGAAGAAAAUUAUCAUGAAAUACCAGCGAAUAACAACAAUGUUAACAUCAAUAAUGAGAUGAAUACUACACCAAAAUCAUUUAAAUCUAAUAAAAAUAAAAUUCCUACUCCAUUAAAUUUAAAUAAUCAAGACUCUAAUAAAUCUAUUGAAUUUAUAAAACCUUUGGUCACUCCAACAACCGUUGUUACCCCUGUACAAUCAAGUAUGAAAAUAGAAAAGGUCGAAUCACCAUUACCAACAAAUCAAUUCCCACUUCCCCCUCCAUCACCAAGAAUUCAAUCACCACUACUAACACCAUCUUCACCAAUUAGAGAAAAAGAAGUAGCGAAAGAGGAAGACGACGAGGACUAUGAAUUAGUGAUAGAGGAACCAGUGAAAGAAGCGGAAGAUAAUGAUAAUAAUGUUAAUGAUGAAAAUGAAAAUGAUGAGAAAAGUGAACAUGAAGAUGAAGAAAAAAGUGAAUAUGAAGAUGAAGAAAAAAGUGAAUAUGAAGAUGAAGAAAAAAGUGAAUAUGAAGAUGAAGAAAAAAGUGAAUAUGAAGAUGAAGAAAAAAUUGAACAUGAAGAUGAAGAAAAAAUUGAACAUGAAGAUGAAGAAAAAAUUGAACAUGAAGAUGAAGAAAAAAUUGAACAUGAAGAUGAAGAAAAAAGCGAAUACGGAGAUGAAGAAAAAGAUGAACAAAUGAUGGACAAAGAACAAAACCAACAAGAGCUGGUUUCUGACCCUAUUAUAUCUGAUUUUGUAACACCUUCUCAAUCAAAUAUGAAAAUUGAAAUCAUUGAUAAUGAAAUCCCCAUUACAAUAACUACAAAUAUAAAACCAAAAUUAUCUCAACCAACAGGAUUUGUUAAACUUGGUUCAUCAGAUUUGAACAUCGCAAGGAAUAGUAGUUCAGGCCUAAAUAGUCUUAAAGCAUUGCCAAUUUCUUCCACCACAAGACCUUUCGCUAAACCAACAACAGCAACAAACACUUCUUCAUCUGGAAUUUUCAGAGGUCCACCACCACUGCCACUAUUUGAUAUCGAAGCAUUGAAACGACAUGCUGAAAAAGUAAAAAACGUGAAGGCUACUGUUGUAGCUAAGAAACAAGUACAUAGUGAUAGUAGUGAUUUGGACAAUAAUACCAAUAAAGACACAAAUGAUGGUGAUGACAAAGAGAAAAAUGGCCCAACUUUAGCACGUAAAAAGUCAGUACGUUUCCAAUCUAAUGACGACAUCACUGAAGCAGCUCCUCAACUACCAUCAACUAUAACCACUUCUGCACCUGAAAAAUCUAUCAUGAAAAAGAAUAGUAUUGUGAGUAUAAAG